CUCAUUGGUAGGUUGUUCGUGAUUUUUUCACUAAAAAGUAAAAACCAAAGUUUAUAUUAGCCAAUGUUUUAUGUUUUUAAGUUAGAAAAAGUGUAAUUUAACCGUUUGUAACUCAAAAAUAAUUAUAGAGAGACUAUAAAAUGUCCAAUAUGAAAAAGGGCAUUAAAUCUACAUUUCUGAAUGAAGAGCUCCAUGAUAUUUUAAAUGAAUCAGAAUUUUUUAAAAAUUCAACUAAAAAUAAGAAACAAACAAAGCGAAAACGAUCUGAAGAUAUUAUAGAUAAAGAUCCAGCUAUAAGUAUAACCCCUAGUAUUCCAAAACAAAAAAAAGCUUCAGACAGCAUGGAAAAUUUCGGAGAAUUGAGACAAAAAAUCAUCAAUAUAAUGGAAACUCAAUUUCAAACAAGGAAGAGUAUUCAUGAAAAUCUCCACAAGGGCUUCACAGAUGUCCUGAACCAGAUGGAGGCAGACUACAACGCCUUGAAAGAUAAUCAACAGAAGUUGGAGCAUCUCACCAGCUCAUUCCUAAAGUGCAUGCAGCAGGCCACCGCUGCACAUAAACAGAAACUAAAAGCUUUCAAAGAAGUUCAUUCAGCUUUUAAAAAAGAAUGCGAAGAAGCUGAAAUAAUACAUAAACAAGAAAUUAAUAAACUUGAAGAUGAUUUGGAAGAAGACAUGAACAGAUUUAAAGAAAAAUUGAUAUCUGACACUAAGCGCAAUGGAUGGGAAACACUAAGAAGAUCUUUCCUUCAAGCCAUGCAAAAUGAUUAUUAA